AUGGAAGGGGAAAUUUUAAAUAUUGAUUCACCAAUCAUUUUUGAUGAAUCAAUUGCUCAUUACGAAGUGCAUGCGCAGCAGCCAUAUACAUCAUCAACGUAUAAUAAUAGUGAUGAAAUACGUAUAACUGUUCAAAAUCAAGAUCAUUGUCUUCUUCCAAGUAAAAGUUCGAUUCAUGUGAGCGGAAAACUAAUAAAAAAUGAUGGAAACGCAGUAGAGCGCACAAAAUUAGUUUCUAAUGGCAUUUGUCAUUUAUUUGAUGAGGCGAAAUAUGAACUGAAUGGUGUAGAAAUAGAUAAAAAUAAAAAUGUCGGUCUUACAAGUUUAAUGAAAAACUAUGUUUCUUUUGAUGCAAGUCAAAAUAAAUUUCUUGAGAAUGUUGGUUUGUUAGAAUUUGGUGAUACUCCAAGAUUAACCAAUAAUAAUGGUUAUUUUGAUGUUUGUAUACCGCUAAAUAUGAUUUUUGGCUUUGCUGAAGAUUAUCAUAAAGUUAUUAUUAAUGCUAAACAUGAGCUUAUUCUAACCAGAUCAAGAACUGAUUUAAAUGCAGUUAUACAAACAGCACCUCUUGAAGAAUUCAAAAUAGUAAUUGAAAAAGUUGAAUGGUUGUUACCGUACAUAAAAUUAUCAGAUGCUCGAAAAUUUAAACUGUUAAAAUAUAUUGAAAAGGAUCCAUCUAUUCCUAUCAGUUUUCGAACUUGGGAAUUGUAUGAGUUUCCUCUAUUACCUGUAACUCCUAAGCAUAUUUGGAGUGUAAAAACUUCAACACAACUGGAAAAACCUAGAUUUGUUGUGUUGGGGUUUCAAAGAAGUAGAAAAAAUAAUACAACACUAAAUUCAAGUUAUUUUGAUCAUUCUAAUAUCUCUGAUGUUAAGUUAUUUUUAAAUUCUCAAUGUUAUCCAUAUGGUAAUAUGAAUCUCGACAUUGACAAAAACCAAUAUUCUACUUUGUAUGAAAUGUUCACUAAUUUUCAAGCUACAUAUUAUGGUAAAGAAUCACAACCAAUCUUAACAAAAAAAGAAUUUUUAGAGUACGCUCCUUUAGUUGUAAUAGAUUGCUCAAAACAAAAUGAAUCACUGAAAAGUGGACUUGUUGAUAUCCGCUUAGAAUUUGAAUCAAAAGAGAAUUUCCCUGCAAAUACUUCUGCCUAUUGUUUAAUUUUACAUGAUAGAAUUGUUGAAUAUAAACCAAUUAGCGGAAUUGUGAGAAAAAUUGUGUAA